AAUAAAUGUAUUUUCCCGGUCAAGGAUAUACAACAGGGGGAUAUUAUCCAUCCUCAGGUGGAUAUCCUCAUCCACAACAGCAAUACCCACCUCCCAACGGAUAUUACCCACCUCCAUCCUAUUAUCCUCAGCCGCAAUCCUAUCCACCACCUAAUCAAGGAUAUGCACCGCCUAAUCAAGGAUAUGCUCCACCUAAUCAAGGAUAUGCUCCACCUAAUCAAAACUAUCCUUCUCAUCCUCCUCCACCUAUACCUCCCCGUUUCGAUCCUACCUUUUCACCUAACGAUCCAACAGUUGCUCAAGCCAACUAUCCUCAACCACCUCAUUCUACUUAUAACCAAUCGCCAAAUCCAGUACCUUACAUUCCUAAUAAUGUCAACAUGAAUGAUUUUAUUUUACAUGUCGAUCCAAAGUAUAGAAAUGCACCACCACCUCAAUUCCAAUUAUCUAACUGUCAAGGAAGAAAAAGGGCUUUAUUAAUCGGUAUUAACUAUUUUGGUACAUCAGCUGAAUUAAGAGGCUGCAUUAAUGAUGUUCAUAAUAUGAAAAAUUUCUUGAUUACUUUGUACAACUUUCGUGAAGAAGAUAUGGUUAUAUUGACAGAUGAUCAAACAAAUCCCAAAAAUAUACCAACGAAACAGAAUAUAAUCACAGCUAUGCAAUGGCUUGUUCAUGACUCAAGACCUAAUGAUUCAUUCUUUUUCCAUUUUAGUGGUCAUGGUGGCAGAAUGAAAGAUUAUGAUGGAGAUGAAGAUGAUGGAUAUGAUGAAACUAUUUAUCCUGUAGAUCAUGCCAUUUAUGGACAAAUUGUAGAUGAUAUGAUGAAUGAUAUUAUGGUUAAGCCACUUGCUACAGGUUGUCGAUUAACAGCCAUUUUCGAUUCUUGCCAUUCAGGGACUGCUCUUGAUUUACCUUAUGUUUAUUCAACUCAUGGAGCUAUCAAAGAAUCUAGUUUCUUUAAAGAUGCUGGUAGCAAUCUAAAGAAUGCAGGAUUAGCUUAUUUAUCUGGAGAUCCCUCUCGAGCCAUUUCUUCUGUCAUGUCUUUAGGAUCAAGGUUACUAUCAGGAUCGCAGAGUCAGGCACAAAAAGAGCGUAUUAAGCAACUUAAAGGAUCACCUGCAGAUGUAGUUAUGUUCUCGGGAUGUAAAGAUGAUCAAACCUCAGCCGAUGCCACCGAAGCUGGUCGAGCUACUGGCGCCAUGAGCUAUGCAAUUACAACUUCUUUAAGACAAAAUAGAAAUCAGUCGUAUAUUCAGUUAUUAAAUUCAAUUCGACACAUUUUACGACAAAAAUAUCAACAAAGACCUCAACUUUCUUCAUCUCAUCCAAUGGAUAUGAAUCUAUUGUUUAUCAUUUAAAAUACAGCCUUUUAUAUUUUUUAUUUUAUUUUAGUUUAUUUUUUAUUUUUAUUUUAUUUUUUUUAUUUUUU